CAUGCGCGCUCUCAGCAGCAGCAGUAGUCGGCAGGCGAGCUGUAGGUAGGUAGUGUGUGUGACUCUCAACCUGCUGCAGCUCGAAGUGUCUCCAUGCUCCUGGUGCACCCACAAGGAUUCUGAGGAGCUCAUCUGCAACACCAAACCAUGAAUGACCAACGUGAUCUGGCAGAGCCGAAUCCGAACAGUCCCUGAAGUCAACAGGCGGUGAUCGUGAUGAGCUAUUUACGGAGGAAAGCUGCAUUCUCCAGGUUCAGGUUAAGGCCUACUUGUUAGAUCCCCAUCCUCGUCUCAGCAGAGUCGCAUCGUGAUGGCAGAUGACCAGCAGCAGUCCGGACCCGGAGCUGGACCUUUACCUUCCGCGGUUCAGGGAUUGCAAGGGCCCGAGGCGAGUGCUCUGCAGCUGAAAAUCAAGAACUCUAUCUGCAAAACUGUACAAUCGAAGGUGGAUUGCAUUUUGCAAGAUGUGGAGAAGCUUACGGACAUUGAAAAACUCUACCUCUAUCUCAAGCUGCCUUCUGGACCCAGCAGUGGCAAUGAGAAAAAUGAGCAGAGCUCCAUUACAUCAAGUCGUACCCAGCAGAUGCACGCAUUUAGCUGGAUUCGUAACCAUCUUGAGGAGCAUCCCGAAACAUCGCUGCCUAAACAGGAAGUCUAUGAUGAGUACAAGAGUUACUGUGAUAGUCUGGGGUAUCAUGCUCUCAGUGCUGCGGACUUUGGAAAGAUCAUGAAGAACGUCUUUCCAAACAUGAAGGCACGUCGACUUGGCAUGCGAGGCAAAUCCAAAUAUUGCUAUAGUGGACUGAGGAAGAAGACCUUUGUACACAUGCCAUCUCUUCCCAACCUAGAUCUUCACAAAUCUGGUGAUGGGUGUGAAGUGUUUGAGUCUACUGGUCAACUGUCCAGUGCUGAAGAUGAGGUGCGCAUGGCUGCAUGUGGGUUGGUUUGCGAGUGGGCACAGAAGGUGCUGAGUCGGCAGUUUGACAGCGUUGAAGAUCUGGCUCGGUUUCUUUUAAACAGCCACUACAUAGGAACCAAGUCUGUGGCUGCUCUUACUGUGAUGACCGGUUCCCCCUCAGGAGCAAAGAUGUCCAUUCAGUCAUCUGCGUUUGCUCCUACAACCGAUUCACACUCAUUCCAGCCUCAGGUUAAAACCCUGGUUUCGCCCUCCAUAGAUGCCAAACAGCAGCUACAACGGAAGAUACAGAAGAAGCAGCAAGAACAGAAACUGCAUUCUCCACUCCCUGUAGAGGCUCUGGCCAGGAGGGCAGAUGGGGGCAUAACUCCUGUAGCAGGCACAGGCAUACCCUGUGGAAGUCCUGCUCUUCUGUCGCCACAACCUAUUGGCAUUGUGGUUGCAGCCGUUUCCAGCCCAAUCACGGUUCAGAGAAGUAGGCAGUUAAUGUCUCCUAGCCCUGUUCCCAUGGCAUCUCCAGACAGCAAAGUUCUUCCUGUAAACUUUCAAGUGGUUACCCAAUCUGUUCAAGCUGUUAAACAGUCCCCCAAGGCACCUCAUAAUAUCUCAGCUAGUCCAGUAAGUGACCGGUCAGCCCGUCACCGGUAUGCCCAAAUUCUGCCCAAGCCAUCUGCCUCAAGUGGCAUAACUCUACGUUCACCAACCUUACUUAUCACCAACAGCCCCAUAAAGACUGUAAUGUCUACUCCACAUGUCAGUUCGGUCAAUGUAGUCAAAAUGACGACUAUAGCUCUGGGCUCUAAUGGCAGUGGGACUAGCAUGCCAGCAGAUGCUCCUACCAGCAACAAAGCCAGACCUGCAUCUGCUGGAGUUUCUAGUCUCAGCGACGAUCCGCAGCCAGUUACUCGUGUCCGCAGUGGUUCUAUAGCUGCAAUGCCAUCUGCUUUGGCUCGGUCAGGGCGUUCAACAACCAUAACACCUAUCAGCGAUACUAAAAUAAACACAGAAGCCAUAACUGGAGGUGGGCAAGAGCAGGGUGGUAUUAGUAGGCUGGCAGCCACUCCAGAAGUUGGUGGUAUUGGUGUACCAAGGUCAGUAAUGUUCAAACCCAGAGCAGCUAGCGUACCCACUCCUCAUGACAAGGCUUCUCCUGGAUUGAGCACAGGUACCAAAUGCAAUGGAAGGACACUCCUUAGAGUCAAUAAUAUGGCUGCUGGCAGCAAUAAUAUGUCCAACACUAAUGAAAACACUUUGUACCAAAUCCCAGGUAGCACUCAGUCAGUGACUGAUAAGGUAAUGACAUCACCCAAAGAUGCAGUGUUGGCAUCCAAGAGCCCUCACAAAAGACCUGGCUUAUGCACUGAUUUGAGCCCAACACCUGUUAAAAAAGCCCACAUCUCAAUAUUACCAGAUACUGGUUCGAUUGGACAAAAGUUAGAUAUAAUGGUGAAGCAAAUUCCAAGAUCAUGUACUCCAGUCAGGCCAGAAAGUGCACCCCUCACGGCCAUGGCCAAAGUUACCGCAGGUCCGGUAAGGAAUUCUGGCUUCCAGACAGUUCACAGGCCACAAAGGAUCUCCCAAACCAAUGAGAUGCUUUGUGGUCUAGAAGGAGCUUCAUCAGGAUUGGACUAUAGAGUUCCUGCCACCUCUACAUUAAGUCAGGAUUCUUCAUUGGAGAAUACAAUAUUUCAGUCUGUUUGCAGGCCUCGGAGCAUCUCCCAAGGGAGAUGGGAAGGAUCUUCAACAACUGUUGAAGGCAGAGCUGUGGUCACCCGAACUGUUAGCGCUCCAGGUCAAGCUUUGCUACAGCAAGCUACAAAAAUCUCACAAGAUUUGCUUAUAGACCAGACCAAUCCUUCUGGAGUUUGUGAACUAAAAGGUGUCUUUUGGGGCAGUGAGCUUCAAGAUGGCACUCAACAACAUCAAGAUGUUUAUGGUGCACAAAUGGUGCCUGAGCCAAAGAAAAUGCCUACCCCAGUGAUGGACCCCCUUCCUGCAAUUACUCAAGCUUCUCCUUCCAACCAAGAGGCUCAGAUGAGUGACUAUGGCACCCAGACCAACAUCGGCUACUUCACAUUUAAUGAUGAUGACAUGACGCAGGAUAGCAUUGUGGAGGAACUUGUACAAAUGGAGGAGCAGAUGAAAAUUAAUAAUAGCAUACAAAAUUUCAGCAACUGUGUGGAUAUUUCAAUGCAAGGCCAGCAACAAUCAAUGCAGACUACCAUGAUGUCUACCCUACAGACCAACACCUUGUACUAUAGUUCUGCUCAUAGCAGGGGUACCCCAAUUCAAACACCCACUCCAACACCUACUCCAACUUCUGAGAUGAUGGGAAGUGGCCAGGGAUUGAUGCAUGAAAGCCCCUGUUCACGCCUAGUUCCUACCACUCCAGUUGACAGUGCUCUUGGAAGUAGUCGACAAACACCUAUUGGCACACCACACUCUAGCUGCAGCAGUAGUGUCCCACCCAGCCCUGUUGAAUGCAGGAACCCUUUUGCAUUUACUCCGAUUAACUCAAGCAUCACUGGAUACCAUGAUGGAAGUACUGUCUCUUCAAGUCCUGUAAAGCCCAUGCAAAGACCAAUGGCCACACAUCCAGGGAAGACUAAACUGGAGUGGAUGAAUAGUGGAUACAAUAACAAUAGUGGGAACUCCAACAAUGGCAUAAGCAUUCUGCCCAGCUACCAAGACUUGGUAGAUGACCACUUUCGAAAGCCUCAUGCUUUUGCCAUCCCAGGCCAGACUUAUCAGUCGCAGACCAGACAUCAUGACACGCAUAUCAGCCGCUUGACACCCAUUUCACCUGUCCAACAGCAAGUGGCAAGUAUGGCUAGCCUCAACAAGAAAGAGGGUUUUGCAGUCCCAGCACCCCUUGAUAACAAGGCCAGCUCUUCCUCUGGAACAUUUCGUUGCCGGAGCGUUAGCCCGGCAGUCAGGCAGCGCAACCUGAGUGGGACCCAAGGUCCAAAUGUUCCUGACACCAUGGUCUCUCAUUUCAACUCACCUGUAACACCUGAAGUGCUAAGCAUAUUUUCUAACAGUGACCCUGACGCAAGCGUCAGCAGCAUGGCACAGAGGAGUCAGUCCGUUCCAGUUACUGUGAUGAUGCAGUCUGAGGUGCUGCCCAUGCAAGCAGGCCAGCAGAUUAAUACCAAAAACAUCACCAGUGUCCUCAUCAACAAAAUGGAUGGUGAUGGAGAUGACUCAGUACGUGGCCUCGGAAUCAACAACAUGCCGUCCAACUACACUGCCCGCAUGAAUCUCACCCAGAUUCUGGAGACCACCACAGUGCCCAGCCUCCCUGGUAGUGCCAGCCACCAAGCUCUGAUCUCACCUUGUUCAUCAGCCUUUGAGUCCCAGAAGCCUGGUUACCUCAUGAAAAAUGCCAGGGAGGAGCCGAUGAUCUUCUCUGUAGGUGAAAGCCAAGCACAAUCAGCCUCAGUGGAGCACCAGCCACCACCACCACAACAACAGCAGCAGCACUUAGGUAGACGACAGCUCCUUGGGCAGGAACAACAGAGUCAGGCCAUUCUGUUGCCUUUACAGCAAAACCUCCAACAACAUCAGCACCAGCAACCCUUGGAUCUAGAUCGAACUGUUAAAGAUCUUUUACAUGCGGAAAGCUUGAAUGCUGGCUCACAGCUUGUGGGGCAAGGAUCAGAGCUCAGUGCGGGAGGUUCAGAGUUUCCCAACAAUAUGCGACUGACUUCGGAACUGACUGGCAGCAUAAAUGAUUUAAAUACUUUGGACACUAACCUUCUUUUUGACCCCAGUCAACAGCAAGGACAAUAUGAAGACUCAACACUGGAAGAUCUAAAGAAUGACCCACUUUUUCAACAGAUUUGCAGCGAGACUGUAAAUUCUGCUGGCUUUGACUGGUUGGAGAGCAAAGACCAGACAACAGUGGAAAUGCUGGGUUAAUUUGAGCUUGUUUUAAUAUUUGUACAGUUUUCUAUGUAUGUACUUUUGAAAUCUUUUCAUUCUAUGUAUUCACCUCAUUGUUGUGCGGCACCUACUACAGUAAGCCCCUGUAUGUCAUGACACAGGCUCAUACUGAAGUGUCAGGCUGAACAGAAAUUAUUGCGCUUUUAAAACUGCCGUUUUUUUAUUUAGUUUUUUGUCUCAGUAGUUAGUACAACACAGGGGGAGUGCUGUCACAUUUUUUUCUCCUCUUUUUUCCUGUCAGUCAGAGCUUUACAUAAGAACUCAUCAGAGAGCUUUCUAUGCCUCUACACUGUUUUGAGCAUUCAGUUAUGGAACUUUUAUAUAAACCUUUGAAUAUUUUGCAUUCAAAGGACAUUGCAUGGAAGACUGGAAAAUGAGAAAUUCUUUUAAACCCUUUAUCUUAAGAAUUUAAGAAUUUGUAUUUUGAUGUCACACCAGCUAUGUGAGGUAUUGUACCUUUUCUAAUUAGCUUUUUCAUUCUGUGAAGACAAAAUCGGUGCUUCCAUGUGCAGAAAACUCUAUAAAGCUUUGAACAUACUGUAAUUUCCUACAGUAAACCGAACAAGAGAUCACAUCAGCAAUGUUGAGCUUUCAGGUCAUGCUUAAUAUUGAAAUCCAACAGCUUAAAAAGCUUAAACCCGCAGCAGCUGUUCAGAAAGUAACUUAUUGUUAAAAUUAGCAUUGAGAGCCAAUUAAUCUUAUUGUCAACCACUAUGUUAUUUGGGGAAAAAUGCAUAUACUUGCACAAAAUGGUUUUAUGUUAGAUGAAUGAUGUUCAAAGUGAAUAAAUGACUGUACUUUUAGGAUUUAACAUCAUAUAUGUUAAUGUUUAACUAAAUUGCAGUUUAUAAAUUGGAACCCAUGUGGGUUUUUUUUUUCGUUUGGCAUUACGCUUCCCUAAGCUGCGUCUCAGGUUCCCCAGCCUGUAGAUUUAAAGAGAUCAAUCAGAUUUUAUCCAGCAGGACAGGCUGGGUUUGAUUAAUACGCAAUCACUGAAUAAUAAUAGCACUGGAUAUUGCACUAGCUGGCACCUUUUAUUAUAUUUGCGAAUUGAAUAUGCUCAUGAAAUGUCUCAUUUUAAGUCAGAGAAUUUGAAGGAAAUAUUGGGGGUAUUAGUAACCGGUGAAACCAAAAUGCCAAAGGAGGUUAUCGUUGUGGAAAGAAAAGGUGUAAAACUAUCCCAAAUGUCUAUUGUGUUGUUAACUAUGCAUUAAUGAGGUCAAGAAAUAGUUGAUUAGCCAGAUUUUUGUCUCUAUGAAUAUUUCCCAAAUUGAUGCUUGUAAUUUAGCAGUUUGCGUAAAUGAGAUUGAUUGAAGUAUAUAUGCUGUCAUGCACAUGCCUCGUUCUGGCAUUUUCAGUGACUGUUCUACUUGAGCACUUCAUUCAGGAACUUCUUUGUAACAUGCACUAUUAAAGAGCCUGUACCCCUUAAUCAUAAAAACGUACCAGCUGUAAAAACAUCAGGAAAACUGAAAUUACCCAGAUUACAUUACUAAUAAAUGAGCUCAUUGCUAAUUUCAUCGAAAAUCCCACCCCAACUCCCACUUGCUGUGAAAGCUGAAAUGAAGACAUUUAAAGCAUCAUUACUCCACCAUUUUGUACUGAAGUACUUGAAGUACUAGUAGACUACUUUCAGAACAUGAGACACAUUGUUUGCAGAGUGUGGUAGUUGUUAAAGUCCAUCUUAGCCUUACUUCCAUACCAAAGACAAGUUUUGUAUUUACUGAGAAAAAACAAACGUUUAAAGGAAUCCUACAUUUUUAGUUUCACCACUUUCAAAAUCAGCUUUUAAUAUGCAUGUUUUUUAAACAUUUGUGGAAACGUCACCUAGGCUCCAAAAGAGGCCAAUAUUGUGGGCUUAAAAAGGGAACUUGUUUUGUUGAAUGCAUAGUGUUGUUUGACCACUGUAGCACUUGAAUUUAUUUACAGGACAUGUCAGACUUCAUGCUUUUGGUAUUUGUAGCAGGAAACCUUGUUGUUAUGCUUUGUAAAUAAGCUACAUUUGUAAAGGGUAAAAAAAAUGACACUGUAUUACCAAUUUUACUAACAAUCAUAUUGACAGUGUGACCGAGUUAAUGGUUGUCGCUGGUCUUUUUGACCGUUUUUGUUUUUAAUUGUUACAGUUACUAGUUUUCACAACUAGACAUCUCUUGUAUAAAUAUAGCUUGUGUGAGUUUUAAAGCAUUUUUUCCACUUAUUUAAUGUUUACUGGUUUCCAUUUUUAUAGCAUCUUGCCUUUGUUUUGCAGACGAGUGUGCUUUUGUGUGAAUAUAGCAUGAAUUUUAAAAUGUGUUCUGGUUUUAUAUGACCAGGUUGCAUAUCUUUUUUGUGAUAGACAGGGAUUUUGCAGUUAAUACUGGUUAUGUAACUACUGAAAAUUCACAAAGUUCUUGCAGUUCAUUUUAUUGCACUAAUUUCUUUAAUGAACUUCUGCUUUGAGAAUUUCAGUGCAAUACAUGAAGCCCCAGUAUACUGUUUUGAACUACUUUUUAGGGGUGGAAAAGAUUCAGAUGAAAAGUGUUUGUUCUUACGUUUAAGAGACAGUUGAUAAGUACUUGUAAAAGAGUGAAAGCAAUUAAAAUGUUUAAUUAAAAAUGUUUAAGUAAUGCAAUGUUCAUUACAUGAUCAAAAGCGUAAAUAUGCAUUUAAUUCACUGUACAUAAAUGUCAUGAAUCUUUAUAGCAAAAUAAGUGUUUCUGUCCAACAGAAGGAAAUUCACCAUUGUUUUGACGACUUGGAAAAUUAUCCUAUGUUCAUUUUUUAAUUAAUAUUAUUAUUAUUUAUUUAAAAAUGUCUUCAAGAUGAGGAGUUUCCUUCCUCUGUUAUUAUGUAUGUUAACAUUUUUUUUGAACAAGCACUACUAUUUCUACUUUAAUGAAGAGGCAGGCCAGAUUUGUGACUGUUCUAUUCUCUGACCUGGUAGAAUUAAUUGUUCUCUGUGUGUUUUUCCUACCUUUGCUAUUCUCUCAUGUUGUUAUUGUUUAUGUACAGUCUCUUUAUGCUAGUUUGAUAAAUUUGUUACGACAUUUCAACAAGAAUUUCUUCAUUCUUUUGUAUUGAAAGUGCUUACCGAUGUUGAGAUUUUUUUUUUUAAAGUGGUUUUAAAAACCAAUA